AUGCUUUUCAAGUCUGCUACCGCUCUCCUCGCCUUCGCCGGCCUCGUCGCUGCCCAGGGAACCCCCUCUGCUGACCUCAAGCACGGUGCCGCCCACGUCACCAACCUCAACGGUGAUUUCAUCGUCGACUUCACCUUCGACAAGGUCGAAGGCGGUAUUAACGUCACCCUCACCGGCCUCAAGGGUCUCUCGACCGCCAUGGCCAUCGACAAGGCCGCUGGUUACCAGUACCACAUCCACACCGACCCCGUCGGCCCCAACUAUGGCUGCAUGGCCACCAACGGACACUUGAACCCCUUCAACGGCACCGCUCCCUGCAACACCGCUAACGUGACCUCCUGCGAGAUUGGUGAUCUCUCUGGCAAGCACGGAAACAUUGUCCCCACCGCGGACGGCACCUUCUCCACCAUCCACUACAUCGACAACCAGUUGUCCUUCACCGAGCCCGCUAACGGUGCCUUGGUCGGACGCUCGGUUGUUAUCCAUAACAACGGUACCCGUAUUGCUUGCGGUAACUUGGUCGUUGACGGAUAUGGCAACACUACCACUACUGGUGGUGCCAACCCUGCCACAACCACUGCUGCCGGAAACUCGGCUGCCAAGCUCGUUGGCUCUGCUGCCCUCACCGGUGUUGUUGCCCUCUUCAUGAUGGCUCUUUAA